AAAUAAUCAAAUAAAUCAGUCUGUUUGUAAAAGUUCGUCACAAAGAUGAUACGUAUAUUGAUAACUGAGACCAGGUUUCCGCGCCUAUUUCAUUUCGGGAUGGGGGUCCUGGUAUUUCGUGCAUUACUUCUCAGCAUACAUGGUAAUUCGUUUAUUAGUUAUCACCGUUUUACCUUUUAAUAUUAAAGCGUUCCAAAAUCAAAUUUUUUUUCGCUGACGGAAACUUAGUUCAAGGUUGACCAAUAACUUUGCUUCUGCAGAUUCUAGAUGAUUUUCCGGGGUUUUUAUCUCUUAGUAACAUCAACUAUAAUGCGAGAAUCAUAUGUAAUCAUCCGCCCAAUAAAUCUCGAGGCGGGCAUGUGUUGGUUCGUACAUUAGUUCAACGGUUCCCCUCAAGAUCUUCAAUGUUCUAAGAAUUCGGGAGAUUGGGAAAUUGAAUACUACCUGGCUAAUACAAUGUACGGUUGAUAAGGUUGGCUUACGAACCUGUUACAGGCAGAUAAUUCGAGAAUUACUGUGUCUCGAUUCAACAAUUGCAAUGAAACCAGUUGCAUACAGGGACUUUCCUACUGUCUGACUCAUAAGCCAUUUGCUCCACAGUGUCUAAGUGUUUAACAAGACAAGUUAUUUGUUAGUAAACACAUUAGCUUGAAUCUAUGUGGUGAUUUUUGACUAAGAGCGUUCAAAGGGCUCAUCUUGUACAAAGAACCUCCUUAUAGCAAGGGGAUUUGGGAUAAAGGCGCUGGACAACGGAAACUCAGUGGAUGUUGUCUACAUAGACUUCAGUAGGGCUUCUGACAAAGUGCCAACUAAUAGACUGCUAUUGAAGUUAGGAAAUCUUGGUAUUGUUGAACAUCUUUUAAAAUGACUUAAGGAUUUCCUAGUAGGUCUUAAACAGAAAGUAAGAAUAAAUCCCAAGUGCUCCAUUUGGAGCCCAGUGCCUAGUGGAGUACCUCAAGGUCCCAUCCUGGGUCCUUUACUUUUUAUACUGUAUGUAAAUGAUCUCCUAAUUUUAGUGCAGUCCCCAAUGUUAUUAUACGCUGACGAUGUGAAAAUCUGGUGAGUAAUAACUGGAGACACAGACGCAUGCGCUCUUCAGGCAAACUUAAAUGAUUAACUGGUCUGAAGAGUGGCUGAUGCCUAUCGACGCGGCAAAGUGUCUACAUGCACUUGGGGGAUUCAAAGGUUAAUAGGUUCAGCAUAGGAUAAGUGCCAGUACCCGUGAUCCGGUCUCAUAAGGAUCUAGGGGUGACAGUGAGUCAUGAUCUUAAGACGAUGGCCCAUUGCCGGGAGGUCGUAGCUGAGGGGUUUAGAAACCUCUGGGCUUUAAAACGGACAUUCACUAAGAUACUCCCAUGUUCAUCACAGUAUACACAACCUUAGUGAGAAUUAAGCUUGAAAACUGCGUUCAGGAUGCAAGCCCCUGUUUAAAAGGUGACUCUGAUAUCCUAUAAAAAGUACAGAGGGCAGCUACCUGUGAAAUUCCAGAACUCUGGGGUUUACCAUACAAAGAGCGUCUUGAAAAGCUGGUCCUCUUUACUUUGACCUAUCGCAGACUAAGGGGAGAUCUUAUUUUAAUGUACAGAAUAAUGAGAAAUGAUUAUGGACCUAACUUAUUCUGUCUUUCUUCCCACUAGAUCGGGACACCUCAGAGGACAUAGCAGGCGAGUAGAAAAGCCAAGAACGAACAAAAUUCCCGUGGCAAGCAGGUUUUCACACCGAGUCAUCAGUACUUGGAACCUGCUGCCCGAAGCAGUGGUGUCCGCACCUUCAAUUGACUCUUUCAAGAGAAGACUGGACACUCACAGAAGCAUACUAGAAAAGAAAUAACAUAGGCCGCCGGCCUUUUGUCCUUAAUACACGAAUCUGAAUCUAAAACAACUGCCCUUAUUCUACUAAACUUUUGGGUGAGACUAUAAUUUAUGUACGACCUUUGAGCGACCCUAAAGGGUUAGGAAUUAGAUUUAGGGUUUUCAUCACGAACUGACAUCGGCUAUGACGCCGAAAGGCUAUUUAACCAAAUGUAUGAAUGAAUUUCUCGCCAAAAUUCAAGACUCGUUAUCUUAUAUCUGACUGGUUCGUCCAUAAAUUACAGUCUCACCGAAUAAUAGAUUUUAAUAUCAUAGCAGGAAUUUAUUGGUUUAUAAAGAGGACUAUAGAAAUAUCAUAUCUAUCAUUGCCUUAUUACUUGAGUGCUUGAAGAUUCAGUUUUUUACGCGCCAUUUUUUUCAAAAAGUAAUUUAUUAGCUUAACGCAAAUUUGUUGUACUACCGUACAAUUACAACAUACCACUGCUUAUCUACUGCAGCUGUGAUAUGCUGCGUGAUACUAACUUCCCGCCUAAGCCAGUGAACAGCUUGUUUAUUAUUAUUAUUUUGCCCUACCUAUAGAGCAGUUGAAGUUUGUGGGAAGUCGUAUUUUUCAUGUCAAUGUUUCACUAAUCGUAAUAUAUAGUAAAAAUUUGAAUGAUUUGACUUUGUCAUCCUUUAAUACCUUGCGUUUGUGGGACAGCUGAAUAGUUGGGGUGAACAAUAUGAUUAGGUGCAUUGAAAGAUUCUGACAUUUUUUGGUAUUACUCCCCUAGAUAUAAACCAAUGAUGGCCCAGGAACCUUUACAUAUUGUGCCAGAUAACAUCUUAUUACAUUUGUACACGUAAGUACCAUUUUACUGUCAACUUUUCGACCCUGUAGGCGAUUUCUUCUUAAUAUUCCCGAUGAGUUGAAAGAAGAUUGUGCAAAGAAUUUCGUAAGAAUCUUUUUUGAAGUUGAGCGGGCUCAUUGGUUUUAUGUCGAUUAUUGUAUUGAAGAUCCUUCAGUUGGUGGUGUUGAUAUGUUCGGACUAACUCAACAAUUAUUUGAGAAGUUUCCUUCUAUUGUCCCCAGGGGUAUAAACUGGCAAGAAAAGUUUGUCGAAUGGAAGAAAUACCGUGGAUCCACAGCUACUGGGAGCAUGAUAAUUAUUGACGAACAUUACAAGAUGAUCUUGUUAGUCCAAGGAUUUUAUGGCAAUCGUUGGAGCCUACCUGGUGGCAAAAUUAAUCAAGAUGAAUCUCUUGUUGAUUGUGCUUCUCGUGAAGUAAGUGGCAUAAAUUUUUAGGUAUUUUUCUAUAGGUAAUGGAAGAAACGGGUCUGGACUUAGCAAAUCGUAUCUUACCGUCCCUCUAUAUUGAUCGUUAUAUUGGUGGUACUUUAAGACGAGCAUUCAUUGUUGAAGGACUUCCCAGGACUUCUCGGUUGAAGCCUGGUACAAAAAACGAGAUUGAGGCUAUAACUUGGUUUGGGAUUGCUGAUUUGCCAGCACAUAUACAAGAUAUUACUACUAUGGAGAAAUUAAAUUCAAGACCGAACAACUUCUACCUGGUGAUCCCAUUUAUUCGGCAACUGAAACUGUACGUAGAACAACGACUGUCAGGCAAACCACCUGGUUUAGCGUUAUCUGAAUCAGAACGCCUUUGUGGUAAUUCUAUGAAUUAUUCUGUUUAUCUUCAACACAAUGCAAUAAACAGUCUUUCAAAUAUGAAAGUGAAUGCAACCAGUACCCCGUCCAAGAAGCAAAAAAAGAAUAAGAAAUCAAACACGUCAAAAAGUCCCAAUCAAUCUUUAUCUGAGGAUGGAAAAACUGGUGAAAAAUCGAGAAAUCGAACGAGUUCUAAUGUCGCUUGUAACUCCGAAUUUAAGAAGUGCGGGAAACACAAUGCCAAUUUUUCUUUCGUGUCAAUAGUGGACGGGAUGAUUGAGAGCAACUCUAAUAAUAAUAACAAUGUUGAUACUGGUUUACAAAUGGUGUCGUAUUGGCAAUCUUUUCAGAUUGAUAGAAAUAAGUUAUUAGAAUGUUUAUGUAAUAGUGCAAAGUGAAAAGAUAUUUUGACAAUCCUUUUGAUAUAGAUAAAUGAACACAAAACUACUCAUUUUAUUUUGAGCGCUAAAGUAUUAUUCAUUCCUUUUAAAAGUAACCAGUCAAUAAUAUAUGCUUUUAUAUAUACGUUUGUACCUGAUGUUUAUAUUCCUGAUUUAACAAAAGUAUAAAUUAUUUUUUAACACAAAUUUAUUGUUUUUAUAGUUUUGGGGAAAUAGUUUAUUUCGCAGUUAGAUCUAGUAGCAUUAAAUGUUGUUUAUAUAGUCUUGUUCAUUAAACCAGAUGGUUUAUAUUUUCUGGCUGAUAAAUAGUGACAAAAAGUGUUGACAGUGCACUUCGUUGAAAAGUGUGCGAAUAGUCCAGUUUAAAUUGGUGGUUUUAGUUUCGGAUACAAUUACAGCAUGGCUAGUCUGUAUUACUCUUUAUGGUGCAUAGCUAGAUAGGGUAAGAUUCAUAUAUGAGAAUCCUUAAAUCCAAGCUCUCGUGCUUACUAAGUGUGUAUCUUGUUUUCCUUUACGUCACCGCAAUUUUCGCAGAAACAAAAGGUUAGAAAUUCGACUUAGCUGAAAUUACCAUUUGUGUUAAGUGUGAGCACUAAUAGAAUAUGAAGCGUAGUCAGAGUUCACGCUUGGCAUUAGUGGGAUUUUGGGAACCCUGUAAUCAAGUGUUUAUGCUUAUUCACGUCUACAAAUUGUUUCAUAGCUGAAAUCAAGUGAUUUACUCUAUGGUAGAAGUUGAAUUCUGGAGACCAUUUGUAAUGAUGUAAUAUUGUUCACAUAUUUCACUUGUUCUGAAAUAAAAUGUCUCCAGUUUCCAUUUGUGAAUCUGCGACUUCUCAAGUUUUUAUUUCUAAAGUAAUGUAAUUACAGCUUACGGCACUUAGCAUUGUGUUGGGAUAUUCAGGGAAAUAUUUCAAAAAUUAUCCUGUUAAGCCUAAUGCUAUCCUUGGACAUGAAAUGGUAUCAUCUUAUUGGUCAAUAUUUAUUUAAAGUGUUAUUUUCCUUUUGGCCAUUAUUGUACAAUGUUAUCUUCUAUUUUAUGGUACGUUGUGGACUGCUUGAUUGGUAUAAAAACAAAGUAUGUUUGAAAUAUAAUGAUUC